AAAAAAAGUUUUUAUAUUCACUACUAACCCACAGAGAAAGGUUUUAAAUUUCCAAUUGUUUUUUAUUGAGUGUGUUGAUGUCGAGAUAUGCUUUAAAGCCACCUGAAGGUGAUUUUUCCUAUAAUAAUAAUAUUAAUCAUCAUCAACAAGUUCCUACACAAGGUGUUGCUGUAGCCUAUGAUCAACAACAAUUUCCUUCCAAUACAACCAUGAUGAUGAUGGCACACCAAUAUAAUAAUAAUAAUAAUUACAUGAUGAAUGCUUCUAAUAAUAAUAGCAUGGUAAUUCAACCUCCUCCUCCAUCUCAAGCCUAUGUUCCUCAACAAGAACCCUACAUUCCAUCACAUUAUAUUGUUGAUGGUGUUUAUGGUACUGGUGCUGGAGGCUCGGGUGGUGCUAAUACUGCUACAAUUAUUCAAUACUCCUAUGAUAAUGGAGAAUAUGAAGUGAAAAAGGUUGUUAGGGAGAAUCAUAAACAAGAUAUUACUUUUAUGAAAAGACAUCCUGUAUUGGAGUGUUUAUUCUUUACUGCUAGUUCUCAAGGAAGACAAAUUAAUUUAUAUAAUAAUGAUCACGAUGGACAUUUGGAUUUGGUUUCUUAUUAUUUACAUGAUGAUGAUAUUGGAGGUGUUUGUUGGUUAAAUCAUAAUUUGGUUGGAUUUUAUGAUAUGAAAGGGAAGAUUUAUCAUGCCUCUAUAACUUAUUCGAGAGUGGAAAGAAUUUAUGAGCCAUUAAUUGAUAGUAACAUUACAGAAAAUUCAGAUUAUAUUAACUAUAUGUGCUCAUCAUUUCAAUAUUAUCCCAAUAGUCCAAAUUAUUACUUAUUCACAAUAUUAAAUGAAAGUAAGAAUGUACAGGUUUGGGAUAUCAAUACUGAUAGUUGUAUUUGUAAUAUGAAAACAGAUGAUAAUGCUCUAUUUCACUUUGGUAUGCCUAUUGCCUAUAACAAGUUCAUUAUUAUACAAUCCAACGGAAGAGUUUUACUAUUAAGUAUUGAACAAGCUAAUGUUACUAUUGAACCAAUUCUACUUUCCAAUGAUAAUGAAUUAUAUGAUGCUAUAUUAGAUAAUGAUGUGAAAGAAAUUCAUUUAAUCCAACAAACUAACAAGGAAACAAAUUUACUUAUUCAAACAUCUUCAUCCUUCAUUCUAUGCAAUAUUACAUCUGAAUAUUCCAAGCUCACUCUCAAAACGAUAUCACAUUUAGACUAUUCAUGUGAAUGGGAGAUUGAUAUUGCUAAAUUGGAAAAUAACAAAUUUACAAUAUUAAUACCAAGUAUCAAAGAUAUCAAACUAAUUGAAUUUAAUACGAGACGCUUUGAGGAAAAACACAAACUCAAACAUAACAAGAAAGGUACAACUAAUAUCACUCAUUCUCUUAAUUUCAAGAAUGGUUCCAUAAUAAUUGCCAUUAAUAAUUCCGAUUCCAGCAUAUUGAGGUUUGAAAGAAUUGAAAAUAAUUCGGAACCAUAAAUGAAGAAAUAAAU